ACCCACUGACCAUCACAAAGACCAAUCCGAAACGUGACCACGUGUCGAGGUGACCACGUAUAUAGGUUGUAUAGGGCAGGUCGACCCGCCAGGCCACACUGCUAAAGACCAAGCGGACAGGACCGAGAGCUGCGACGCCAUUCGGCCAAGUCGUGAUGGAGCCACUGCACGGUGCGACCGCCUUCGAGGACAGCAUGCUCAGCCUGUUCGAAUGCCCCGUGUGUUCAGACAGCGUGCUGCCGCCCGUUGUGCAGUGCAGCAACGGCCACGUGGUGUGUUCCAUCUGCAGGGAGACCGUGGAUACGUGCCCCCUCUGUCGGGAACAGUUUGGCUGUAUACGAAACCUCACCCUGGAAAAAAUUGCCGAGAAGGUCAAGUUUCCCUGCAAAUUCAAGUCAGCGGGUUGCACAUUGACGCUGUUGGCGGCCGACAAGCUCUGGCAUCAGAGCGUAUGCCUCUUCAGGUCCAUUAAAUGUCCACACCCAGGCGGCGAGUGCGAGUGGCAAGGAACUGCGGACGAAAUAAAACAGCACCUCGUCAGUUCGCACCCGUUCGUGAUGACGUGCGAAGGCCAGGAGAUGAUGCUGUGCGGGCAAGCCUACGGCGCGGAGGACGCCAUCUUCUACUGGAUGCAGCUGCAGCUCUGUUUCGGGCGUGAGUUUCUGCUGGUCCUGCGUCGACGUCCAAUAGACGACGAGAGGUGGCGUUACUGCGCCGUCGUUCAGAUGAUCGACCCGGACGACAACGCGGCGAACGGGUUCGCCUACCACUUGGAGUUCCACGGCCUCGACGGUCAGCACGCCCGCGAGGGAAUGCCGCUCGGCAUCGAGGACAACGUCAACGUCGCCCUGGACAACAGCGACUGCCUCGAGUUCGACAUCAGCAACGAUCAGAUUGAGCUGUGUGGCGGAGUGGUGCGCAUCAAGUCGACCAUUGAGGACCUCUCGUGAAAGCGUUGGUCGUAUUUCGAUCGCGGCGCGCUCCCGGUGCCUAUCGCGGAGGCCGCGGUUUCGCAUGACCAUAUACGCGACCGGUAUUCUGUUGCACGCCUACGUACGAGACAGUAAAUAGACAAGACCUGCAAGCUCCCAGGGCACAACGAUGUUGUCUUGCGGUGUAUAGAUUGAAGCUCUUUCUAAGUGCGUAGCACUUCAGGGGCCCGGCUCGUCGUCCACACAUAGACCUCGUGUGUCGUGGUCACGCUCAAAAUCGACUAGUCGAUAAAAGUCUAAAGCAAAGCUAGCACAGCUCAAAACCGGGUUAAAAGAAAAGGAACGAGGUCUAAAAUAAUAUAAUUAACUGAAAUAACCAUGAAGUAGUCGCAAUAAUUAUUAAUAUCGCCAAAAACCUUUCGGAAACAUGCGGUGCGCCCGCGUGAGCAAGUGCGCACAGCCGAGUGGGUCGAAAGAAACAAACAGCGAUUGUCAUACUAAACACAUGUCCAAGUUUGUUGACUGCGAUGUAGGAAUCGUGUAUCGUAUCCCGUUCUGGUGCGGUAGAUCUUAGAUAGGACAGAGUGGGAGGUGCCUUAAUGUUGGUUUGGGUGAACACAAGCGCUCAUUAACGCCAGGGAUGCAUUAUUAUCUAGCAGAUCAUUGCCGGGAGUGCGGGUGUACCCCGCACUUUACAGAUACCAUGGUUCUUUCCAGGCACAAAAAGCAGCUGGCCCGAGAAAUUAUCGAGGCCUUCCACAUUAGAAGAAGCUACGAAAGAUGCGUUAGCCAGCCAUCGAUAAAGCUAUGGGAUAGGGAAUACCAGUUUUUGGUCAGCACGUGCGGCAAUGUGACUUAAAAUUCGUUGUGCGCAUGCUCUGUCAAGGGGCAACGGCCAGGGAUGUUCUUUUCGUUUUUCCUCUGGAGUACAAGCCACGUGACUCGAUUAUUUCUUCUUGUUUUCUUUUUUUGUGUGUUUUUCGGAAUAAAAAUU